AUGAAGAAGAACGACGUCAUCGCCAUCAUCAUCAUCAUUCUCUUCAUCAUCCUCGCCGGAGUGUCAUUCGGUAUCUGGAAGCUCGUCGCCAUGGCCAAGAACCAUAUGAGUGUGAACGGCAGCGGCACAUCAAGCAGCCACUCCAGCCGUGACAUUGCCGACUGA